AUGUCCAGUCAUUGCGAGGCAGUGGCACUCGACGGCAGCCCCUUCAACCGACUUUUUUGGGUUGGCGAACGCAAAGUAGCAGCAAUCGAGCCGAUAGCCGCCUCCGAGUGUCAGUGCAGCCCGAUCGGCGCCAUCGCCGCCUCAUGUGACAAGCGUACCGGUCAAUGUGCCUGUCUGGCCAACGUUACCGGCCGGCGUUGCGACAAAUGCAAAUCAGGUCAUUGGAAUCUCACGCAAGGCGUCGGCUGUCACGACUGUCGCUGUGAUCCGGCCGGUUCGCGCAGCCACGAAUGCAAUCCAUGGACGGGGCAGUGCGAUUGUAAGAUCGGUGUAGGCGGCCAACAUUGCAACGAGUGUACGGACGGUUUUUAUGGCUUCUCCACGGACGGCUGUCAACGUUGUACGCAGUGUGCGGGCGAGGGACAAGUUUGUGAUCCGUUGAAUGGUCGCUGCAUCUGUCCGCCGAACAGUCGUGGGUUGGGUUGUGCGCAAUGUGUGGCCGGUACUUGGGGUUGGCAACCGCGUCUCGGUUGUCGCAAUUGUGCUUGUGAUCGUAUCGGCUCCAUUGGCCAGCUGUGCGAGUCGACGAACGGACAGUGCCAGUGUCGUGAAGGCUACGCGGGUCGGCAGUGUGACACGUGUGCCAUUGGUUACUUUGGCUAUCCGGAGUGCAGGCGUUGCAAUUGUAAUGUAGACGGUUCAUUUGUGCACGCAGAUGGCUCGAUCACAUGCGAUGCGAACGGCCAGUGUCCGUGUAAAACAUUGGUUGUUGGUCUUAAAUGUGACACGUGCAUGAAAUCAACCUUUGGGCUGUCGGCGCUCAACCCGGAAGGUUGUACGCGUUGCUUCUGCUUUGGUCGUUCCAGUGAAUGCGAACAAAGCGAAUGGUCGUGGGGCCAUAUACGCAUGGCAGAGGCGCGCAAUCUGAGCGUGCAGUACAUACGACCACAGUAUGUUACGAAUACAGAGUACGAGUACAUUGUAGUUGUGCAGAUGGCAGGUGCAAAGAGUUAUCGCGAGGAUGCUGAGAUACACCUGCUCAACGAUUUGAAUUUAAUUCCACGUUCUACGGGCAAUGUGUCAAUUGGCGCAUACACGAAUUUCUAUCAUCCACUAUACUUUCAAUUGCCGCCACAAUUCUAUGGCGAUCGCACAAGCAGCUAUGAUGGCUACUUGUAUUUUACGCUGGUGAUCGAGGGCGCCAACCGUCCACUGGAACGUAAAGUGCUCGCACGUUUCCCGCUAGUGCAAAUACACUCGCACAAAAAAUUGGUGCUCGACUAUUACGAAUAUGAGAACUAUGAGUAUGCGUUGAAUGUGACCUAUAAAGUGCCGCUGCAUGAGUCCGAGUGGAAGUAUCAUCACAACAGUCAGCCUGUGGAUCGUGCAACUUUGAUGGCGGCGUUGCAGAACGUGAAGCAUAUUUUUGUGCGCGCCUCGGCCUUCGCCGAUUUCACGGAAGUGGUCCUCCACAACGUUCACAUGGACUCAGCGAUCUAUGUUUACGGCUCUACGAACAUGAUAGCCAAAGGCGUGGAACAUUGCAAAUGCCCCAAACGUUAUGAUGGACUCUCAUGUCAGGAUCCUGGAAAGGGCUACUACCGUUUCCGCAAUGUCACAGAAAUCGAGACCGUCUUCAUAGAGGAUCUCAUUGGGCGUGUAGUGCCGUGUCACUGUAAUGGACGCAGUAAUGAAUGCGAGCGCGAGACGGGCAUAUGCUUGAAUUGCCGCGACAACACGGGCGGUGGCCACUGCGAACAAUGCGCUGAAGGUUAUUAUGGCGACCCGAACUCCUCGUAUGGUUGUCAGUCGUGCCCCUGCCCGGAGACUAGUCGCAAUUUCGCGAAAGGCUGCAACGUAUGGCAGGGUGAGGUUAGUUGCAUUUGCAAACCCGGCUACACGGGGAAGCUCUGCGAUCGCUGCCGCCCUGGCUAUUUUGGCAACCCACUUGCAUAUCCGAACAGCACCUGUCAGCCGUGCAAUUGCAAUUUGGAUGGCUCCGCUGGUGACGAUUGUGACAGCCAGUCGGGACAAUGUCAAUGUCGGCCGGGUGUGACCGGUUUGAAGUGCGAUAGAUGUAUAGCGGAACGUAAUUAUCUGGAGGAGCGUGGCUGUCGCAUUUGCGACAAUUGCACGCUGCUUCUGCUGGACUACAUCGAGCUGAUAGGCAACAAACUGCGCCGCGGCUUGCACAAUAUGGAUCUCACUGGCAUACCCGCACCGUAUGUGAAAGUUGAGGACUACGAGCGCGCUUAUAAUACGCUCCAAAUUCACUAUGAAGACUAUUCGAAUGCGCGCAAGCUGCUGGGAAGCUAUGACGCCAACGAUUUGCUAAAGAUUGACUCACACGCUGAGAAUAACAAAUUCCAGUCACGCAAAGCGCUGGCCACAGCGCUCAAACGAAAAGAAUCUACCGCCGAUCUGCGCAACGACGUAACCAUAUUGUAUGUGGAUAUAGGCGCGCUGCGUUCCGAUAUUUUGCAAUAUAUUUUCACGCUCAACAACUACGGCAAGAGUGAGCAACAUAUGAGCCUACCGAUGGCUUUGGAUCAAGCGCGCUUCUAUUUGGACUCUAUAAGGCAGCACGAGCAGACGGUGCAGAACAUACGCAAUUCCACGCAAUGCGCUUGGCACUACUACUAUCAUUUCGGCAAUGCAUCGGAUGCAGCAUUCGACCAGAAGGCGCGUGUCGAAAUGUUUUGGCGCGACCUGAAUCAAACAAAUUUUCGCAUUUCCGAUAUGCGUCUCCACGCCGAUCGUACGGUGGAGAUGCAAAAUGAGAUCGACGAUAUACUGGAACAUGUGGUGAAUUUGCGCAGUCAUGUUGUGGAAGAUUUCAAUAAAAUCAAUGAGUUUGGCGCUGAUGUAAAUGAAUACUUGAAUCAAAGUUUAAUACCAGACACGGACAAGCUGAUUGAAAAGAAUUGGGCACAACAGGAGCACUUGAGUGGUGUAACCGAUUCGAUAGAUAGACUAUUUGAGCAGUUGAAUAUUUCGUUGGGGGAGAGUGAGGGCAUGCAGCGAGAGGUGCGCAAGCAUUGGCUGCCGAAAGCGCAAAAGCAUGCGGCGAGAUUGAUGGAGCGCUCAAAUGAAUACGCCAGGCAAUUUCAGCCGACAAGGAAUGGAGCGAAAAUUGCGUUAUUGGCGAGUUCAGCGCACAAAAAUAUUUCCGAUGCAAUCGCAGCUGCACGGCAAGCCUCUUUGGACGCAAACGAACGUGUUUCAGAAGCUCAACGCAGACUCUACCCCGACGAUGGUAGCUCCGUGAUUGAACGAGCAAAGAUUUCUCUCAACAAGUCAAAAAUACUACAAAAGGAAGCGGUCGAUGAAAUGGAACGCACAAAUGCGCUCAAGCAAAAGCUGAAAGUGCACGAAGACAAAGUGGAGGGCAUCAAAUCAACUAUCUACGAUGCUGGUACGCGCACCAACAACGUUUCAGCGCACUUGCAUGCCGCAGCCAACAACUCGGCACGCAAACUGGCCGUGGAGAGUAUUGAAAUGGCUAAGAACAUUAGCGAAGAAAUGCGUCAUGAACUGCAUAAAGCUAGACGGAUGCAUGAAGAGAUUUUGAGGUUACGCGCCAAGUUUGCUAUCUUGGAACCCGAUUGGGAAAUCAAGUUAGGCAGAGCUGAAGAGAAUAUCUCACUCACCAAAACUAACAUUCGAUUGGCCAACAUAUCACUGUCCUAUGUGGAGGAGCAAUCACAAAAGGAGAAAGCGAAAUUCGACGAGUGGAAUAGUACGAUGUCAAGACAAAUGCAGGAAAUACGCGAUAAAAUAGCCAAGGCGCGUCAUGCAGCCGAAGGGAUCAAAAUCUCCUUGGAGUCACUCAACCCGAAAUGCACACGCACCUACUUGCCCACCUUAUAUGGACUCUCCACUUCGAAUACCAUCAAAAUAUCGUUUGCUUUGCCCAAUCGUCACGGCAACUCACCACUCUUGCACAUACAAGGCAGCGAUGGACGUUACAUCGCACUUGAUCUCUACAAGCGACAUGUGCGUCUACUUUGGAAUCUCGGCGGUACUACGACAAUCAUCACACAUCCAUUAGAAGUACAAACUCGUGAUCCGAAAUAUGAUGACGCCUGGUAUCAUGUGGAAGCGAAUCGCACACUGAAUAUCGGCAGUCUGCUAGUGCGGCGCAUGAACAACUACGGGUCAUUGGUACCUGGUCAACCGGUCACAGGUAAUACCGAUGCCAGCUACACGCGUUUCUUCCAAACACCCAACGAACGCAUAUACCUGGGCGGUUAUCCGAGCGACAUGUCACAGAAGGAGCUGCAGCAAAGUGUGGGACUAAAUGUUGUCGUGCACAGUGUGGAAGUGGAUAACCGUCCUUUGGGCAUAUGGAACUUUAUUACGAGUGAGGGGCGUUGUGGUGGCGCUAUUGUGGGCGCGCAGGAAUCCACUUCGACUUCGAUUGCGCGUCACUUCAACGGGUUGGGCUAUGCAGAGGUGAAAAAGUCGCGGUUGAGAUCAUACAGAAUGAAUUUGUUUGCGCUACAAAUGACCUUCAAAACGCUGGACGAGAAUGCACUGCUAUUUUUGGCGGUUGAUGAUAAGAAUAAUCGCUCCGUCUCAGUGACGCUCAGUCGUGGUCGCAUUAUGUUCCGCAUAGAUUAUGGCGAUGAAUCGAAAUUGGAAAUAAAUACCACCAACAAAUACAAUACCGGUAAAUGGGUAAAGAUUGAGGCAGCGCGCGAGUUUGUGCCCAAACGCGGCACGGAGAAUGGCAUAUUGCGUGUGGACAAUGAGCGCGCCAUCACUGGCUCACCAACGGUGCCCAUUAAAAGUCACAUGUUGCCCGAUCUGUCGAAACCAGUUUACUAUUUGGGUGGUGUGCCGCCGGGCUUCAAAUCGGGCACCUCCAAAGCGCCUGGCGCCGACAAUCCCUUCCUAGGCUGCAUGAAGGAUGUGCAGGUCAAUAGAGAAACAUACGAUCCGCUUGAGAGCUCAACACAUUUCGGUGUAGAGCCAUCCUGCAAAGAAAUCAUAACAAAAGCCGGCUUCACAGGCCAGGGCUACAUCGAGCUACCCUCCCAAUCGCUGCGCAAACGUGCCAAUACCGGCUUUGUUUUCCGCACUUUACAACCCAAUUGCCUGCUGCUACUCUCUGCCUAUCCCCCGGAAGUUGCUGAGGACUAUGAUGACAAGGAUAUCAAAGGCAACUACUCGAUCUCCUUAAUCGAUGGCCAUCUACAAGUAUGGAUCAAUUCUGGGCGCAGUAUUUUGAAAAUAAUCUCAAAUAACACACUGAAUGAUGGCGAAUUUCAUGUGGUGAAUUUAAUAAAAAGUGGCCGAAAAUUUGAAUUGAUGGUCGAUGAUGAAUUGCAAGAUACAAAGAGCCUGACGGGCGCACCCACACUUGUCAGCAUGCCACGCGAUGCUGGUGGUCUGUAUAUAGGUGGUGCGCCGCCUUACGAGGAAUUCACGCCACUGGCGCCGACAUUCAUCAAAUUGGAGGGCGCUAUACGGGAUGUGGUCUUCAAUAAUCACACGAUGAACUUAAAUCAGGCAGUAGCUUUUUCGAAUGUGCAAAUCGGGCGUAAUGGUCCGCCGAUGGGCACCGUGAAUGGACUGAUCGAUGUACUACUUAAGACUGAACCGAUGAUUGGAAAGAGUUUUACUGCAUCGCCAGAGGGAUGUUUGAGGGUCGGCAGCUAUUCGUACGAGCCGAGCGCUUUCAAAUUUGGCGAUGUUUCACACAGUUACGCCCAACUUCAAGUGCCGCAACGCAAUUUCUGGCAACGCAAUUUCUACAUAUCUUUCGAUUUUCGUUCCUUCUACCCCAACGGUUUAAUCUUCCUAGCACCAGGCACUAAGGAGAAGCACAAACACUAUGUUGCGCUCCUACUCAAAAACGGUCAGCUCUUACUGAUUGUGCGUGGGCGUCGACGUGAAGAAUUGAAAUUGACUGCGAAAUUGGACGAUGGCGAAUGGCAUCAUGUGACGAUUUUGUGUCAGGAACGCAAAGUUACCAUGUCCGUGGAGAUUGGCCAAACGGAUCAGAAGACAUCAGCACAAAUGAAGGUGCCUAAGAAGAUUGCCGCUACGAAUUUGCUGUACGUUGGUGGUUUGUCUGAGAAGGUGCCGAAGCUGCCAUCGGAGUUGUUGCAACGAUUGGAGGCAUUCAAGGGUUGUCUGCGCCGCAUGACCAUCAAUAAUAGCACGCAGGACCUGGCGCGACCGGGCAAGCACCAGCAUGUUGGACAAUGUUUUCCGAAAGUGGAGAAGGGAUCGUACUUCCCCGGUGAUGCCUAUGCGAUAUAUAAACGCAACUUCCAUGUUGGCAAAUACUUGGAAUUCGAGCUGGAUUUUCGCACGUCGGAACUAUUCGGUGUACUGCUGAGCAUCUCUGAACCAUCAGGUUUUCCAGCGUUAUCGCUAGAACUCAACAAUGGCAAUAUUAUCUUCUCUACCGAUCUGGGUGAUGGCAUGCCCUUCCGCGUACAAUCACAACUACCCAGCAAAUAUGCUUUGUGCGACAAUAAAUGGCAUAACAUAUCGGCGCUCUACGAUUACGAACACAUCACAUUGCGCAUCGAUCAGAUGGCGACCACAAAGGCGAGAUCAACACAGCAACGCAACAAUAGCCGAGUACAAACAAAGUCGGCGCUCUAUAUAGGCGGCAUACCAGAAAUCGCGCCCACCGGCACGCUGCUGACGCGCGAGAAUUUCAAAGGCUGCAUACGCAAUGUGUCGAUACGACAGGAGCGACGCGAUUGGAUCGAUAUGGAUGAGUUACAUAAUGUAUUGCUGAGUGAAUGCCUGGUGACAGGAGCGGAGAAUUGAACAUUGCAAAUGUAGAUAGAUGUGCGUGUGUAUGCUGGCGUUUAAACAGUCCCACUGCAGCUAAUAUCAAAUUUUCUCCAUGAAUGUUCAAACCGUUGCAAAAUGGCGGCAUGUUGGGGGAAGAGCGCCAAGCUAAGCUAUGUUGUGAUCUUCUUUGAUAUUUUUGUAUGUGCGCGUGAGUGCGAGCGUCUAGUAAGGGAAUAACGCAUUUGUCACUAUGGCAUUUCUACAAAAAUUGGGGAAGUUUGUUUUGUUUUUAAUUUACAACAACAGUAAUCAGCUCAAAUUAGUACAAAAUAGAUGUAGUUAAUAACAUCACCGCGUAAAGAGGGGGCAGUAGAGGACAUUAUUUGUUGUGGAUCAAACGGGAAUUAGUAUUCAUGUGUGUGUAACAAAAUCAAACAGCUUAACUGAAUAACGUGCGCUAUACUGCAGGUUCGACACUGUACUAUGACCAGCUACUAUUUAUUGUGAUCAAUAUUUUAAUUUAGCGUUGCAAAGCGACUAAAGCGCUAGGAGUAAAGCUUAAUGUUAGACGAUUUAUAUAUAAAUACAAACAUACAUACAUAUAUAUUUUAUUGAAUGUCGAUAAAAUAUGAACGACACUGCCAUAAUGCAUUUACGCUUACGAACACGCUAUGGAAAUUUUUUGUAUAAAUAUAAGAAAAAAAAGGAAAAUAGCAAAACGAAUUUUAAUCAGAGUGCAUAACGCCUGGGGAAUAUUUUAAAGCUAAAUAAAAUCUAAGUUUUAAAAAUAUUCCAAAAAGUAGGUUAUUUGCGUGAGAAAACAAAUCUUCGACUACGACUCGAUUUCUGCAUAAAUACACACAUAUGUACAUAUCGUAGCACAUCUACAUACAUAUCGUACGGUAUAUAUGCGUCUAUUAUUUAAAACGACUACAAAAGUUUAUAUUUUCAAUCAUUGCCAAUACUUAGAAUUUCCACUACAGAAAUCUGCAUAUUUGUAUUUUUGUAUUUAAUGCAUUAAAUUAAGUAAAAUUAGUUUAUAUAUGCCUAUCAUAAAUAUAUACUCUAUAUGUAUGUGUGUGCGUACGAACGAAGUGACUGCAUUUUAAUGCAUACAAAACGUUAAGUGUAAUUUAACUAAUAGUAAUAAAAUACUCGUAUAAGCAUACUUUUAGGCAGCAAUAUUUAGGUUUGCAAUUUUUAUGUGAAUGUAUUGUAAAAUCUUGUCUAUACUACCCUGCAGUAAAGAGUUGGAACAGGCUACUAAAGCAUUACAUACAUUUGGCCUGCAACUCCGAACUGGUGAAAAAUUAAUGCAAAGUGGAACAGUUGGUGCUCGGUGCUGCGCAGCCAUGAUAUGAAGCUUACUUUCUCACGCAAUUAUAUUACUUCCAAAUGCAUUAAAUAUCACUUGUGUGGCUUUAGCAUCUUCCUGAAUUAUAGAGCAAAAUGAGAUGUAUUUGUUGUUGAGAAAAUAUAACAAAUGUACUAAGUGAGAAGUUAUGUUAAUACAUAUACAUACAAUUUUGGUUGGGGGAAAAGAAAUGUCGUAUUUGUGAUCGAAAUUUGACGCUUUAUUUAACGUACUUAGAAUUAUCCGAUUCAAUUCAAAUGUGAGCCGUUUUGUUCGCAAACUUGUUGCAACUUAGAAGGCAACUUCAUUAUCCCCUCUUUAUAAAACCCCCCCUCCUUAUUUGCAAAAAACUCAGACAACCAGUUUUCGCAAGCCUCUUUUGAGGCCAACUUGGUAUCACCAAGUUCGUUUUGCAUGGACCGGAAGAGAUGAUAGUCACUUGGUGCCAGGUCUGGACUAUAUAGUGGGUGCGAUAGGACAUCCCAUCCGAGCUCCCGUAGCUUCUGGCGGUUCAUCAAAGAUGUGUGAGGACGAGCGUUGUCCUGGUGGGACACAACACCAUUCCUAUUGACCAAUUCUGGCCGCUUCUAUUCGAUCGCCUGCCUCAAACGGUCAAGUUGCUCACAGUAGAGGACCGAAUUAAGGAUCUGGCCAUAGUUGAGCAGCUCAUAGUGGAUAAUUCCCUUCCAAUCCCACCAAACACACAGCAAAACCUUCCUGGCGGUCAAUCCGGGCUUGGCGAUGGUUUGGGCCGGCUCACCGCUUCUCGACUACGAUCUUUUUCGCUUGGCGUUGUCGUACGUGAUCCACUUUUCAUCGCCAGUCACCAUCCGCUUCAAAAAUGGGUCAAGUUCGUUCCUUUUUAGCAGAGAAUCGCAAGCGUUGAUUCGGUCCAAGAUAUUUUUUUGCGUCAACACGUGUGGCACCCAAACAUCCAGCUUUUUUUGGAAUCAAAUCUUCUGCAAAUGGUUCCAAACGGUUUUGUGGUCUACACCUAGUUCCUGAAUAAUCGAGCGAAUGCUCACAUGCCGGUCUCUUUGGAUAAUUUCAACGAUUUUAUCAGUCUCUACGACGAUUUGCCUACCAGUACGGGGUGCAUCUUCGAAAUCUAAUACACCAGAGCGAAAUCGAUCGAACCAACGCUGUGCUGUGCGAAUCGUUCCAGUAUCAGGCCCAUAAACUUCACAAAUUUUUGCCGCCGCCUUCGUUGCAUUUUUACCUCUAAGGUAGUAAAAACGUAAAAUAUGACGAAUUCCUUGCUUGGUGGACUCCAUCUUUGAGGCGCUAUAACUUAAGUCUGAAAUGUACGAUCACAACACUGUCAAAGAGACACUUGUAGUACAGAUUGUCGUCUUCAAAUCGCCGUUUAGUGUGACCCGAUGCAAUAAGUACAACGCAAGAUAUGUUUAAAUGUCGCGCUCAAUUGACAAAAUACGACAUUAAAUUUCCCCCAACCCAAUAUAUAAUUGGCGCUCACACCCUUUUUGAGUAUUUGACCGAAUUCCUUCUCCUACUUGUAGUGUGGGUGUUGAUGUUGUUCCACAAAUGGAGAGACCUACAGUUUUAACCCAACUCUGAACGCCCCUGCUGAGAGGCGACAGCUAUUAGAAAAAACUAUUUAUCAUUUUGUUGUUUCAUGCACGGAUAUUCAAACCUAUGCAUUCCCGAAUGGUAGUCACGCACCAACCCUAAAUGUUGCUAAAACAUUUAUUGUAACGAUUUAAAAACGAAACCAGUCCGGAACUGCAAAAAGCCACCACUGCCACUUGUUAAAAUAAAUUGGCAUUUGAAAACAUUAUAUAGCUGUAGAGCGAUGACCAGCGCGGUCCUCUAAGGAACUAGUUAGGUACUGGUCCUUAGCAUAUUCGAUUUACUGCAGCUUACAUACUUAUAUAAUGCAUAUAUGUAUAUACAAUUUUCUUUAAUAUUAUUACCAUAUUUCUUGGUUUCAUUACGCAUAAUAUUUAUUUAUUUCUUUUUUUUUUACUUUUUCAACUUUAUUUUAUCGAAGAAGAGGCUUUAGUUAAUUAUUUUAUUUUAUAAUUAUUGUGUUUAAAAAUAUUGAUACGCCAAUAGUGCACUUGUGUUCGUAUAUUUAAUUUUAGAUAUUUUUUAUUAUAAUUUAUUAAAGCAUAAUUUUUGAGCUCGCUUUUUUUCGAAAGAAAUAUUUAAUCACUGCUAAUGAAAACUCCACACAAACUGCUAAGGAUGAGCUCAUGGCAAACUCUACGUAUGCUAAGUACUCCUAAGAAGGUAUUCAUAAAUUUAGAUGUUUAAUUUAUUUACGACAUUUUGUCUUUAAUCAAUUGUCUGAGUUUAACAUUUCUCCAAAUACAUUGUACAGUUCAUAAAUAUCCAUAAACCAUUGUAAAUAAACCCUUAAAAUAGUAGGCAGCAUUACAUACAUUUACUUAGUUUUAUAGACAUUUCAAAGUAAUUAAUAAACUGCUUAAAUUUACAAAAUCUACCAUAAAUGUUCAUUAAACUUCAUUUGAAAGCAAAAAUGUUGAAAUAUUUGUUUAGGCAAAUUAGUUUUAGUUGCACAUAAUUAGUUUAAGCGCAGAAAAUCAUAGCUUAAAUAUUAGUGUUAA